AUGUCAUCAUUAUUGAUACAUUCAGAAUCAGAUGAUGAUUCAUCUUCGCUAUCUUCAUCUGAUGAAGAACAAGAAUUGCAACAGGAAGUGGCAAAUCAACAACAGCUAUUAAUCGAAGAAGAAGAAGGUGACAUCUAUAACGAACCAAAGAUACCAUUAUCAACAUCAAUAUUCUUAGAGAAACUACCGAAACCUCAACAAGAACAACUAAAUCAACAAAUUGAAGAACAACAGCAAAGAAACCAUCAACUAUCAAGUCAACGAGAUUCAAGUGAGGAUAAAAAGAAAAAUGACAAUGAUUCUAAAAAUACAACAAUUGCAAAACCAACUGAAGAAGAAGAAGUGACAAAGAUAACAAUAAGAUUCCAACCAAUUGGUUCAACACCUCAUAUUCAACCAAAGGUAUUUAAAAUAUCAUCAACAUCAACAAUUGCUACUAUAAAUAAAUUCUUAAUUAAGAAACUUAAAACUAAACUGUUAAUUUAUAUUUAUAUUCAAAAUUCUUUUCUGCCAAAUCCUGAUGAAAAAAUUAUUGAUUUAUUUAAUUUAUUUAAAACUAAUAAUGAAUUAAUUAUAAGUUAUUGUAAUACAAUAGCAUUUGGUUAA